AUGGAGAACUCACAGAGGGCAUUGGGUUGGGCAGCCAAAGAUGCUGAUGGGGUUCUUUCUCCUAUCAAAUUGUCUCUUAGAGCUAAAAAUGAUGAUGACAUCAUAUUCAAAAUAUUGUAUUGUGGAGUUUGUCAUACUGAUCUCUCCACAAUAAAGAAUGAGUGGGGAACGGCUAGAUAUCCCAUUGUCCCUGGACAUGAAAUUAUCGGUGUCGUUAUUGAAGUAGGUACCGCUGUGCAAAACUUCAAGAUUGGUGACAGCAUCGGUGUUGGCUACAUAGCUAACUCAUGUCUCACUUGCGACCAAUGCAAACAAAAUUUUGAAAAUUAUUGUCCGAAUCUAAUUCCAUCAUUCAACUCCCCAUUCCAUAAUGGGAUUGAAUCCACAGGAGGAUUCUGCAACCUUUUCAUCGUUAAGGAGCAUUUCGCGAUUAAAAUCCCUGAAAAUAUGCCUUUGGAAAAGAUUAUUGCGCCUUUGAUGUGUGCAGGAAUUACAGUGUAUAGUCCAAUGAAGUAUUUUGGGCUAAAUGAGAAGGGAAAGCAUUUGGGAGUUAUUGGCCUUGGAGGUCUUGGGCAUGUUGCUGUUAAGUUUGCAAAGGCUUUUGGAAUGAGAGUUACUGUUGUCGAAUCAAAUCCUGAGAAGAGAAAGGAAGCGAUGGAUGUACUUGGAGCUGAUUCAUUCUUGGUUAGUAAUUGCCUUGAGGAGAUGGAGGCCGCAGAUGGAACUAUUGAUGGCAUUAUCGACACAGUCCCAACAGUUCAUGACCUUCAUCCCAUCAUCUCUCUACUCAAAGUGCAUGGGAAGUUAAUUGUGCUUGGGGGACCAAGCAAGCCAGAUGAGCUACUCACUUUAUCUCUAAUCAAAGCUGGGAAAAUGAUAGCUGGAAGUUGCAUAGGUGGGAUUAAAGACACACAAGAGAUGAUAAAUUUCGCAGCAAAGCAUAAUAUAACUGCAGAGGUAGAAGUUAUUGGUAUCGAUUAUGCGAACAAAGCUAUGGAGAGACUCUCUAAAGGAGAUGUUAGAUACAGAUUUGUGAUUGACAUCGUGAACUCUUUAUAACAAUUGGAGGCCAUUCGGUUCACAAAAGGAUUUCAACUGGAGUAAU